AUGCAGGCAGCAGCCUUCCAGAAUAAGAAACGGGAGAGGCCAGGCCGUGAUGAAGGCGCCUGUGACCCUCACUAUGAGAAUAUUGCCUUGGCCUUCAGAAACCGGGACCAGUCAAAACCCAGUCAGUCAGCACCCACAAAACAAGUCCAGCACAAGCCAUUGCUAGACACCACCCAGGUCCCCCCGUGGUUGCACAGAGCCAUCAUGAUCUUGUUCAUCCUCCUCGCUUUCAUCUUUCUGUCCUGCAUCAUCCUCUCAGCUUUGGUCCUGGUGAAGAAUUCUGAGAUGGCCAAGGAAUUGCUGGGCUUGAAAGGGGAGCUUUCAAACGUUUCCAACAUGGUACAGAGAUGCCAGAACGAGCAAAGAAAUCAAUGGAUGGAAAUCCAGAGGCUAAUACAGGAGGCCACGAGAGACAUCGGUACUGUCAGGAACAAGGUCCAGAGCGGAGAUGACAAGCUCAAGACAUUGUUAACAGAUAUAACCCACAUCAAGAAAACCCUGGAGGCGCUGGAAAAGAAGAUACAUACUCAGCCUAGUCCGCAGUAAAUAAGAGGAUAUUGCAG